AUGUGUCUGUCCAACUCGGUAAGCCAGGUGUGCGGCGUCGAACUCACAGUCUACACUGAAAGAGAGAAGAGAAGUCCGAAGCCCUUGAUUCGUUUCUGCGAUGAGACCCGCGGCAUUGUCCUCGGGCACCUGCUUGACAUUCUUGACAAUGCGCAUAACCUGGAGCACGCCACCAAGACCUCGCCCGGCGCCGCUGAUACUCUUAUCAAGACCAACUCGCACUUCUGGCCACUGGUGACGGCGUGCAACCUCAACUUCGCAAGCCACGAUGCCUCAGGAGCAUACAAACGCCUCAUUUUUGCGUCGUUUCGUGAGAUGGUGAAGUAUGUGCAACCCAAGGCCAUUCAGUGGGGUGCAAUCCUCCACACCCCUUCUGGAUGGACUCGUGGGAGAGACUUUGCCAACCUUGAAGAAGCGGCAGGCUGGUUCCGCCAGAAGCAGGAUGAGUCGCCGCCAUCUGUUCCCAGCACGCCCCGCAAGCCGAAGGCCACCUUGCCCUCAGUCCCAGAAAGAGGACUUCCAAAAAACAGCCGCUUGGAGGCCGAGGCAGCAAAGGCGUCUCGAUCGAUCGCGAAGUGGAGCGACGGCGUCAGCGAGGUUUCACAGCCUGGCGCAAGGGACGAAGUAAGAAGGAGGAUGGAGAAGAUUGGAAUGGAGAGAUCAAGAAUGCUUGAGAAGGUCUUGGGACUUGACCGACAGGAGAGGGAGUUGUGGAUGCUCAUAUUUCCCGUAAUCAAGCAGCUCAUGGUGGAAAUAUGCCUAGUCCUGAAGGUUGGAAGAGCUUAUGUUGUAUGGCGGACAACUUUAAUAAGACCGCAUUCGAUCAACGGUUUUGGCCGGGCAGAAAAGCCAGAACCUUAUCCACGAAUUCUUUUCUUUGAGUUCUCAUCGAGACAUGGCCGGAGAUGUGUGAGGCUAACCUGGACACAGCUGGGAGAACAAAGAGCGUUGGGUGACAGUAGACGCCAGUUACCUGGAAGCCCCUCCCACCGAGCCCACAGCAGGUCCCUCAAUGAUUCUCUCGCGGACCGUGACCGCCGGGCAUGGACAAGCGACGGCGCUCGUACGCCCACCACACGCCAGAGGCCAGACUGCCCCCCCAGAUCGGAUUUGAGCCGAUCACUUAGUACACCAUCUCGACCGCUUUCAAGACCAAGAACCGACCGACGCCGGGGCCUGGGCCCAACUCCCCGUUGCCGUACUCCCUCACCCGAACGCUCGCCUGAAUGCUCACCGGAGCCUCCAGUAAACGAGCCUGUGGUCAAUGAGCUGGCAUACUGCCAUGGACUCAAUCUCCCUGUACGGCUCGCGCCACCUCCCUGCCAAUACCAUGACAUCGAGCUUUGUUUGCACCCUGGAUGGACGCCUUCACCCGGUGCCGUUGUUCAUCUUGUCCAGGACAGCGCGACGUCUUCGCGGGCUGAGAUUCAUACGCCCCCGCUUGUUCGGACUGAUUACGAACCGGUCGAUUUGUGGAGUGCUCAACAGGAGCGUGAAACGGACGUGGUACCCUCAAGAGGGACAUCGUCAACUCUCCCUCAAUCCACCUUGGACGCGAAACCUCCAAGGGAAAUGUCUCCAGCCGCCCUCUCUCGACCAAACUCGCGCGUCACUGCCUUUGUCCUGCAGUAUCCAAACCUUGUUACUGCCGCCGCGAUUCUCGCCGCCUUCAUUUUACUGGCUCCAGUCAUGCUCACAGUGAUCUUCUCUGGCCAUUGCGCCUGGGUCAGAACAUUAACAACCGAGCACACGACCCGGCUGUCGCUAUUCGACCCACUCUCCACCCUCCAGACUCAGUAUGAAAAUGCGCUACUGCCGUUGAUUUAUCCUUUCUGGGUGGAUGACCCUGCCCCUCCAGAGCCUGGUUCCAUCAUUGCGGCUCUCGAGCAGGAGAUUCUCGAGAUCGAGGAUGGUGUUGCAGUGUGGAAGGGAAGCGGCUACACAGGGUUUGAGAUACGGCCUGGUGAUCUGACAGAAACUGGUGCAGGAGGUCUUUCGAUAUCCCAUCGGUUCGAUGUUUGUCGUUCGACUCUGAAGUCGUUGCAGAAGGACUGGAGGAGUCUCGUCAAGCUGAUUGAGGCGCUUGUUGCAGGGAAUGAGGAGUGGCCCAUCAGGAGAAGUCGGUAUCUCGUCCCGAAAAUCGAUACCAUCAAACAAUACCUCAACACCACCAUCAGUGUCAUGUCCUCCGCCAACACGACGCUCGCUGAACAUGUUAACCACUAUCGCGACAUGUACAUGACGGGCGGAAAAGAUACGCAGGUGACGAUGUGGCACCUCAGCGACAAGCCGAGGUGGUGGACUAGCUUCAUUUUCGGAGAGCACACAGUCAAGGUACAGUAUGGGGUGGAAGUCCAGACCGUUACAGAGUUGUUGAUUCUCUCCGAUCGGGCCAAGGAUGCGAAGGGGUUUUUCAAGGCGGACAGGGGUGAGGAGUGGCGUUACUACAACUUCCGGCCUCUGAGGCCGAGCAGACAGAAACAGACCGACGAGAAGUGA